AUGCAACCCACAGCCCCACAACAUCAGUGCCGACGAAGACGAGUUGACGGUUGCGAUGCUGCUGCUGUGUGCAGCAUCAACAGGCGCGCCAGUGAUGCGGCAGGAGAGGCGCAGGAAGACGACGAUACGUCCUUCGACUUGACGGUGCAGACACUGGACAGGCAGCAGUUUAGAGUGACCGCCUUCACAGGUGCGGGUACCACUACUACUGCUGCUGCUGCGUCGCACUGGACUGCGCUGCAGCUGAAGGAAGCCUUAGGUCCUCGCCUUGGAUAUCCUCCCGAGGAGCAGCGUCUCGUUGUACAAGGGCAUGUGUUGCGGGAUGGCGAGACUCUCGAGUCAGUAGGCUUGCGCAGUGGCGGACCUCUGCUGCAUGUUGUUCGCAACGCAGCGAGACAAAGACGCGGUGCUGCUGCGGGGGGACCGCGCGCAUCAGCAGCGCCUGCAGCGGCGGCUGCACCUGCUGCUCCGCAGGAGGAGAUGAUGCAGCAGCUGAUGCAAACCCCCUUCAUGCAGCAUCUCUUCGAAGACACCGACCUCAUGCGAAGCCUCAUUGAGUCGAACCCUCAUCUGCAAGCGCUGAGGGAGCAGAAUCCAGACAUCAACGGACUUCUUUCCGAUCCACAGCUCUUCCGAAUGAGUAUGGAUGCCAUGAGGAAUCCUUCCUUGCUGAGAGAAAUGAUAAGAAAUACGGAUAGGGCCCUUGCCAACAUCGAGGCUGUCCCCGGCGUGAGCGAUAAGAAGGCUGGCUAUUGGUUGGCGUUUGCUGUUUUUCGCUCCUUUUGGCGAAAUGCGGGCUUUAACGCUCUGACUCGGGUGUACCGCGGCGUGCAAGAACCCAUGCAGGAUGCAGCACUGCACAUGGCAGAGACUCUUAGAAAUGAGGGCAGCGCGCAUCUACCGUCGAGACCAAGUGCUCUUUCAGGAAGCUCUUACGAGCAGCGGACUGAUGCAGGCCCUACGAGAGAGGCCUUACCCAAUCCGUGGGCGUCGAUGCGGCUUGCUGCAGCACCGAGACAACCGCAGCCGCGCCAGAGGGGGGCGGAGCAGCAGCUGCAGCAGCUCCAGCAGCAGCAUCAGCAGCAGCAGCAGCAGCAGCAGCUCCAGCAGCAGCAGGUAGCAGCAGCUGCAGCCGCGGCUGCUGCUGCUGCUAUGCUUUCUGAUGCGUCGCAGGGACAGUCGCAGCAGCAGUCGCAGUCGCAGCAGCAGUCGCAGUCGCAGCAGCAGUAUGCGCAUCAGCUCGAAUCCCUCAACGCUAUGGGAUUCUCGAACCAGGCUGAGUGCUUGUGGGCUCUGCAGCAAACUGGAGGCAAUCUGAAUAGGGCAAUCGACCUGCUGCUGGCUCGGCAUCAGUAA